AUGAGCCGGCUCUGCCUCUCCAUCGCCCUUCUCGUCCUCCUGGGCACCCUGGUGGCCGGCAUCCCGGGCACCCUGGUGACCGGCAUCCCGGGGGGUGAAACCAGCAACCACACCGAUGAUGAAACCAGCAACCAGGUCAAAGGUUCUCAGCCUGCCUUCUGCCUGGAACCUCAUCACACGGGUCCCUGCAGGGCCCGGAAGGUCAGGUACUUCUACAACGCCAAGUCCGGGCACUGCGACAUGUUUAUAUACAGCGGCUGCCGAGGGAAGAACAACUUCCCAACAGCACAGGACUGCAUGAAGACCUGCGGUGGUCCUGUGGUGACCCACGGGUAA